AUGAAGAAAUGGCAAGCACAACUAGAAGCUGCCAGUACUUUCAAGGACGAUGACAGCAUGGUCAGCGAUGGAAGCUUGAACAUGCAGAUCUACAAGUCGACCUCGAAGAUGGAUUCAUUGAAGCACUGUUCUCAAUGGACCAAAGACAACAAGAAACCUUUCAAGUCCAAUGGAAGUAAGCACUGGCAUAUCGAUCUUGGUGUGCAUCUUGAUUCUGGAUCUACGUUCAGCCUACGAAUGAACGAAGAUUACGCCAAACCGGGCACUGUGUCUGACCUGGAUUACAUGUUCAACUACGGUACGAACACUGGCCAACGUGAUCUGCAUCAGCAGGUCGAAUCAAGUAUUAUCAAAGGACACACUUGCUUGCUUGAUACUGAAGCGCAAUGUAACCUUGAUAGUUUAUCCGAGCUUGUGAAGCUUGGAUUCCGUGUCGUUAUGGACACUGAUAUUGAAAACUCCUUCAUCGUUACAAAGGGGGAACAACAAAUGAGAUAUGUGCAUCAAAACGGAUUGUAUACUUUUGUACCCGAUGGUAGGGCAGAAAGUGAUAAGGGAUCCGAAUACUCUGAGUGUGAAUACAGAGAAUGCGGAAAUUGUGACUGCGACGCGAUUGGUGUCGCACACACUGAAUGCCAUAAAUGUGGUGUUAUUUUCUGUGGUAGAAUUUUAAAAAUUGACUAUUCCGGUUCCGAUUAUUGUGGCAUACAGACGGUACGGGAAAAUAUCAAAGGCUUCACUGAUAAACAAGUUGAGCGGGCUAAUAUCGGUGCAGGAGGCCGCCACUCUGUGGGCUGGGGGAAUCCGUGCCACUGGCGGUGCGAUCAAUCCCGAGAAGUCCUUUUGGUGGCUCAUUGA